AUGUAUCCAUGUGUCAAGGGAAUCUUUAUCGGCCUGGCUCAGACGUUCUCCCCCAGAACCUCUCCACCCCGACUCUGCUCCCCCACCGCCCCAGCUGCCGCAGUCUUUCUUUUCCCUAAACGAUGGGCCUCACAUCCUCUCGCCGCUGUCAGGUUUUCAAUCCUGACAGCCUAG